AUGUCGUCGCGGGUGUACGUUCCUCCAAGUAGCGAUACCUUGUUUAUUCGGGGCUUUUCGUAUCAUCACAGAGUUGAAGAUAUCAAGGAUUUUUUCUUUAAAGAAGCUGGUCGUUGCGCAGUAGAAUUCAAUAAAGAUGAUGGUAACAAUGGUCAAUAUAUUGCUUUGAGAUUUGAAUCAAGAGAAAUUGCUAAAGAUGUUUACAGAAGGUUUAAUGAUAGAGAAGUGUUAGGGGAUAGAAUAACAUUAACAUGGUACAAGGAACUGAGAAAGAUCAGACCUAUUACCGAUCCAAGACGGUACGCUGGACGAAGAGAUAGUUAUUAUGGAUCUGAUCACUAUGAUCACAGAAACUAUCAGACAAGCGGUGGGAGAUCAUCUCACUACAAAAGCCACUAUGCUCCUGGAUCGUCUUCAGCAGGAUUAGGCAGGAUAAGGAGGUUCAGUCGAAGUUCUUCCCGUAGUCGGUCCAUCUCUAGGUCUAUCAGUCAGAGCAGAAGUUCCAGCAGAAGUUACGAGUCUGGAGAAGUUAGAGGACAUAGGUUAAAAUUGUGUAAUCCAAACAUCUGUGGUAGACUGUUGAAGACUGCAUUUGUCAAAAAAUUCUGUAGAAUUGAAUUUUGA